AUGAUCAGAUCAUACAGGACUACCUCGUUUGUAGCAAAUACAACGCUUGCAGGAAUUCCUCCACUCGCAUUAGAGGCAAGAAGGCAGGAAGAAGUAUAUUUGAGAAUCUCAGAAAUGAGGAAAAAUAUACCAUUAGGAACCAUAGUCCUAAAAGACAGGAUAGAUGCCGUAAAGGACGCUUCUAGGAAGAAGAUGGUCAGAAAUUGGAAAGAAUGGCUCACAGGAGUUAAUAUACAAGGAGAUAUGGAAUAUAUUAGAGCUAUUGAAGGCCAAUUACAGGAAUGGAUGGAUGCCAGGAUGGGGCUUUCCUUCCGGGCGACGCAGGUGCUGACGGGGCAUGGUUGCUUUGGCAGGUACCUGUGUCGCAUCGGGAGGGAAGCAACACAGAAAUGUUGGCAUUGCGACGCGGAAAAUGAUUCCGCGAAGCACACACUCAGAUAUUGUCCGGCGUGGGAUCGGGAACGCGGAACUCUCACUGAGAAGAUAGGAGUUAAUCUUACGGGAGAAGCGAUCAUCAGAGAGCUAAGGGGAAAAGAAGGUAGAAGAGCUUUCAUCAACUUUUGUGAAGAAGUUAUGAAAAAGAAAGAAGCAGCCGGGAGGGCAAGGGAAAGAGCUAUCUUAGGGACUACGUAA